AACACACAGAAAAAAUUUUUAAAUAAAAUUAAAAUUUUUCCUUCUUAUUUUCUUUUAUUUUAAACUUUGAAUAUAAAGCUUUGAAUAAGUAGAUUUAAAAGAAAAUUGAAUUUUCUAUCUUUAAAAAAAAAAUAAGAAAAACAGGAAAAAAAGGAAGACAAAACAACAAAAAAGAAAAAGUAUUACUGAGAGAAAAUUCAGAAAAAAAAUUUAAUAUAGAAAAAAAUCUCCAUUUAUUUAUUCAUUCCUUAUAAUCACAUUUUUCCUUAUUAAAGUGAUUUUGUAGUUGAAAAAAAAAAAAUAAAAAAAAACAACCGAACAAAAUGAAUUUUUGUUUUUGUAAUUUUAUGGCAAAAUUUAUUUUAUAUCCUUAUCGGGUUUGAAUAAAGAUAAGCCGAAAAGAAGAAGAAGAAAAAGAAAAAAAGAGAAAAGGAUAAUUAUGAAGGAAAAUGGAAAAAUACAUAAAACUCAACAAAGAAAAGAAAAAUAAAGGAGAAAAUAGCAACAAAUACAAAGAAGCAGAAAAAGUCCUUCGAGUAACAGUGAUAACGCAAAACAACAACAAAAACAAAGAUAACAAGUCAAGAAAUUGAAAAUUUUCCCUCUAGAGGAAUUUGCUUUGUUGUCAUGUUGUUACUUGGAAAAAAAAGUCAAAAAAAAAGAAAAAACAAAAAAAUAAAAAAAUAACAUAAAGUGAAAGAGAUAGGAAGAAAAAAAUAUUCUUUUUCCCGUUACUUCAGUUUUUCAUCACUUUUUCGUUUUCCUUUUUAUAAAAUUGUUGUUGUUUUUGUUCAAGAUUUCCUAAAUUUUGUGUUUUAAUUUUUUUUUCUUGUUUUUAUUUCACAUAUCAAAAGUGUGACUUUUAUUGAAAAUUGAAUAACUGUAAUAAUAAUAUUUUCCUUUAAGAAGAGAGUAAUUGAUAAUAAAAAUAAGUAAAUAUAGAAUACUAUAGAUGGCGAUAUCUACUUACAUACAUAAUAUCAAAGUUGCCGUCGGUUUUGACCACAUUAAAAAUGAAAUUUUUCACAUUCAACGUUUUUUUUUGAGCAAGAGUGUAAUGUUCUAUGAUCUCAUAAUUUUAUUUAAUUUUACUGUUAGUGUAGGUGCUAAUGCAAACUAAAUUUUUUCCAAUAUUUCUACCUCAUUUCGGGCAAUUUUCUUCUCCAUAUAUUUGUUUCUAGUGUUACAAUUAAAACUCAAUCCUUCAUUUUGCAGAAUUCUGUUGUUUUCUCAAAUCUAAAGCUGGUGCAAAAAAUUUGAAAUUUAAAAUCAAAAUAUUGGAUAUUAAAUCAUAAUUUUGAAAAUGAUCAGAAAUGAUGUUGCCGUACUUUUAACAAUAAAAAUUUUUCUGUAUAGUACAAUUGAAUGUAAUUUACUCGUCUUGCAAGGUAACAUAUCAAUUGUAAUAAAUGAGUGUUAAUAAGACGUUUAUUUUGAAUGAGAUUUAAAAUUUCAUAAAUUUUUUAAAAUUUUGUUGAGAAAAUUGGAAUUAAAUGGUCGUGUCUUAAUUUUUUAACAUUUUCAAUCAAAAAAAAACAUUAUUGCUAUCCUUUGAACUGACUAGUAUGUAGAAAAUCGCACAGUUUUUCUUGUAAAAUAUUAAAACACAAUUAUUUUAACAGUUAUUGUUCCAUUGAACUGUUCAAAACAACUUUAGCAAAACAAUAAUGCAUAAAAAUUUGUUCUACAUUAGAAUAUUAAGGUGAUCCUCUCGAAAUAUAUCGACGGCAACUCUAAUUUCUUUGAUAGAUAUAUAAACAAGAUGAUUUUAUGAUAAUAUGUAAUUCGGGAUUUUUCUUUUUAUACAUUUGUAUUUUAUCAGGAAUAAUGAUAAACGUUUUUGAUAAAAUGCUAUUAAAAUAAAACAAAAACAGAGAAAAAUAUACAAAAGUGAAAGAAAAAUCACUCACUUAAGACGAUCCGAUCCUUUAUUAUUUUAGCAAAAAAAAAGAAGGCUUUUAUAUUAUAUUACAGACAUAAUAUACUCACACAAAAUACACAUAUUUUUUUCUCUUUCUCUUAUAAAGUUAAAAUAUUACAAUGUUAACAUAUUAUUAUGUUAAAUAGUAAUAAUAAUAAUAACAAUAAUAAAUCGAAAAAAAGAGAGAAAAAUUUAAUGUGCAUACGAAUGAAUACCUACAAUAUCGUAUGUUAUUCUACAUCUUAAAUGUGUAUAAAAUUUUUUGUUUGCUUGAUUGUGUAUAUUUUACAUAUGUGUUAUUAUAAAUUCAUAUAGUAUACAUUUUGUAUAAUAAGUGCGGUUAAAAAUGUAUGUAAUGAUACGCAAGAAAAGUUGAAUAUUUAUAAUGGUUAUUAAAUUUACAGAUAUUAUACAUAAUAAUAAUGUUCAAAGAUAAAUGCUUACAUGCAAAUAUAUGAAGAAAAUAUCUAGAAAUAUAAAUAUGCAUAAUAUAGUGAAAGGAUAAUUUAAAUGAAUGUUGUUACAUUAUUAUAUUGAUAAACCUUAAUAUGUAUUUCUAAGGAACAAGUAGCGCGCCAGGAGCUAUACUUAAACAAAAUGUGUAGAAGGGAAGCUAUAUGCUGACUUUUUACUAAAUUAUAAAAACAUUUAACUAAAGUGAUAUGUUUGCAAUAAAAAAUUAUUUCUUAAUAACAAUAAAGAGAUUAUAAUUUCGAAUACAGAUUGCGCUACUUGUUAUACGUAUAGAUAUAAUAAGAAAACAUAACAGGAAGAAAAUUUUGACAAAGAAAUAAUGACAGGAGGAAACUAUAUUGUUAAAUAAAUGUAAAAAUUAAAUUAAUUGUUAGUAAAUUGAGAAUACUCUCAAACUACACAGAACAAUACUGAAAUAUAGCAAAUUUGAAAAAUUGAAUCAAGGAUUCGAAAAAGAAAAACUAAAAUAAUAAAAUUAUCUAUCACUUAUCAUAUAGGUUUAUGUUGAAAAUUGUGAAAAUAUUAUGUAGAUAGAAACAAAAAAAUUAAAAAAAAUUAUAAAAUUAUUUUAUUAAUUAAGUAUAACAAUUAAACAUAAAUGUAUGUGUGUGUGUAAUAAUAAUUGGUAUAUAAUAUUAAAUAGGAUUAUUAUUAAAAAUUUCAUAUGAAAAAUAUGAGAAUAAAUCCAUUUAUGGAAAUUCCACCAGCUUAUAGGAUGACAUCAAUAGUACAAUCACCAUCUACAGCUGAUUUAUUCAUGUCAUCAUUAACUGCAGCACCACGGUCUGGAAGCCAAAAGAAAUACUUAGUUUGCUGUUUGAUAUGCGGAAGUUUCUCAUGUCUUUUAGGGGCAAUGUUUCUAGGAAUAUAUUUUCUUAUACGAUCGUAUACAUUCAAUGGUUAUUUUGAAACUGUGCCAACAUAUGUACCUGCCGCACUGCUGAUGGUAACUGGUUUAUUUAUAGUAAGUUUCGCAAGAAGAAAAUUUCGUUACAGUUGCUUGAUCUAUUUUUCUGGUGUUACGAGUGCAACAUCUGCUUUAAUUUGUGCCGCAGUAACUGUCACCACAAAAGUUUUACAUAUGAGCAGAUUACAAGAUUUGAAUUUGAAUUGUGAAUAUAAAAUAACAACAAGAAUUUGUACAUGUUAUUCAGAUUUCGAAGAUGGACCAGAUGAAGCAAGAAAACUUUUAUUUAAUGCUGCCACAGAUUGUCGUGUGGCGCAAGGUGAUCUCUAUUCAUGUUUACAAGCAAUAUUUGGCCUAUCUAUUGCAGGAGUUUUAGUUGCUGUUUUUAGUUGUAUGCUCUCAUAUUUACUGUACAGUCACGAACGCAAGAAAAUGUAUUGGGAACAAUUGGAUAUGCGAUGUCGUUUAUUGCAUGCAAGUCAUUUUACUGGUGGUAUUGGUCAACCACCAUUACCAUUGCCAGCAUCUAUAAUUACAAAUGAUUCGCAUGGGAAUACAACACCUUGCAUUGGAUGCUGUGAACAAUGUCACGCAACAACACAACAAGCUGCAAAUUCUAAUAGCAUUUCUGGUUAUCCUUAUGCUCCUUUAGAAUUUCCAUGGAAUGAUUAUACAAAUUGUGCUAGCAGUAAAUUUUUGACAAUCGCUGGAAAUAAUAAUCUUCAUAAUCAUAAUUUUCAUAAUCAUCAUCAUCAUCAUAAUCAUCAUAAUUUUCAUCAUCAUUUUGGAAAUUUUUUUAAUUCAAAUUUUUGUACACCAAAUCAAAUAAUGACAACGGCCAGAUUGAAUGAAACAAUCGAAAAUAAUUCUGAAAAUGUAAUAACAACAGAAACAUCUGCUAUAUCUUCUUUAUGUUCUAACAAUAUUAAUAAUAAUAAUAAUAAUAUAAUUAAUAAUACGAUAACAGGAUCUGAUGAAUGUGGAACUAAUAAUAAUAACAAUAAUAUUAGCAAUAACAGGAAUAGUGAUUGUAAUAUAGUCGCAAAUUUAUCAACAACAGAACAGUCAUCAUCUAUAUCAAAUGGUAUUAUUAAUGAUAAUAAUCAUAAUAAUGGCAGUAGAGGAUGGAGAUGGCCAAGAAUGCCAUGGCAAAGAAAUUUUGAUUUUAAUUUAUUUCAACAAGCACUUCUAUCUCGACCAGGAAGCUUUAAUCCAGGAUUAGAUUUUAAUAAUUGGCCAGGAUUUUUACAUAACUCAAAUCCAACAUCAACUAUACAAUAUCCAUCAACAAAUUAUAUUAAUGGUUAUCCAAUAGGUAUAUGGGGACCACCACCACCACCAUAUAGUGAUCCAAAUAGUCCGAAUUGGAGAAUUGGUAACAGUUGCAAUAAUGAAACAAAUGAUGAUAGUAAUGAUAAUCAAUGUAAUGACACAAAUACUUUAAGAACAAAUUCUGAUAAUGGUAAUUUAUAUUCUAGUCAAUUGAAUUAUAUUGACUUACGACCACCGGAAUAUAGUGCUGAACCAUUAUCAAUAGUAUCACCAUCGACGAAUUAUAGUGAGAGCAAUAGUAAUUGUAAUAACGAAAUAGAAAGUGAAAUAUCACAAGGUACAAAAUAAUAUUUUGUAUCUUCACAAUUUUAGUUAUAUUUUCAAAUUUGUAUAUGUGUAAUAAUAUAAACCUUUAAAAUACAUACACAUAUAAAUGUAUAAAGUUAAGAAAUAAAAAAAAAAGAAAAAUCAUAUUUUAUAGAAGAGGAUUAAGUAUUUAUUAUUUGAAAAAAAAAAAAAUAAUAAUAAUAAAAAAAAAAUCAGAAUUGUGAUCUUAGGUUAUAGAUGACUAAUUUAAGAAUACCAGGUAGUGGAAAAUAUCAUUUCCAGGUGGUUUAAAAUAUUCUUUUAAUUUUUUUUUUUUGGGUCUUCUUGUUUCUUAUAUUUUGUACAUUAUCGAUAAUACAAAUAUGAAAAGUCGGUGCACAUAUUAUCAUUCUAUAGAAUAGAGAUACAAGUUAAUCAUUUCUAUAUAAUUGUAUAUCUUUCUGUAAGUAUGUGAGAUGCAAAGUAUACGGAAGGAAUACUUUCAACUUUUCACGAUGCGUGAGUCAUUAAGAAAUUAGCAUAAUGGCCUUGUAAAAAUUAUAAACACUUAUUCAGAAUUCCAUAUUAUUUUCCUGUUCGGUUGUUACCGAAACAUUCAUUUCAAGACGGAAUUGGCUUAAUCAUUAAUAUAACGUUUUCCCAAUACAAACAUUUAUUCUGCUUAUGCAACACACCUCAAAAUUUUUAAUCUCAACAAUAAUCAUGUAUGGUACCUCAGGUUCUAAACUGGAUAAUUUUUAAAUCUUAUACUUGAGAGAAUAACUUAUUCUACUACCUUAGAACAGAGAAAGUUAGUUCUGGAAUCGUAAUAAGAAUCAUCCAAAAUUGGAGUACUUGAAGUACCUCUACAAUAAUAUCAACUUAGCACAAAAUAAGAUUGACCUGUGAAUAAUGGGAUUUGUCCGUGAAUAAUGCUUAAAGAUAUAGUUCCAGACCAUUUUUUUAUUUUGCGAAUAAUAAAAUGAAUAAAAAUUGCUUUAUUUUGGAAUAGUUAACAACUUUUAAUCAUUUUAACUUUUGGGCGGGCAACUCAUAUUUUGUAUAUCAGGUGUACAUUUUAUAUCUUGUAUAAAUGUCUUAUAGACCUAAUAGGUAAAGAAAUGUAAGACUUGAACUGAACAUUUCAAAUAUAAAUAUGAAAAUUAGAUAAACAUUGUAAAAAUAAAAAAAAUAAAAAAAUCAGAAAAAAAUUGUAUAAACAAAGAAAUGCAAAAAUAAUAAAAAGUUAUAAAAAAAAAUAAAAGUAAAUGUAAUGUGAAACCCGAAAAUUUUAAUUUUUAUAAAAAAGAAAAAUGAAAAUUCUUAGAUUAUUUAAGUAAAUAUGUAUAAAGUAUAUAUAUAAAUUCAUAAGUAUAUAUAUAUAAUUAUAGAGGGGAACAAAAGAUUGAUGGGGUUAUCUCUGUACACGUUUAGGAGUCUAUAAAAUUAAUUCAAAAUCAAUUUAGUUGUGUAAGAUCCUAGGAAAUAAAGUAUUUUUACUUGAAAAAAUAAAAAGU